AUGCUUACAGGGUUCACAGACCAAAUUCUUCAGCGUGUUGCGCCCUAUCUUCGUCAAAACACACCGGUGGAUAUCCUUGACCUGUGGCCUGGCAGCGGCCUUUGGUCAUCGAAAGUCAAUGACUUCCUAAAACCACGUCGUCAUGUUCUUAUUGAGCCAGAUAUCGACAUCUGGGGGCAUUUUCUUCAUCCCUUAGCCGAGAGCAAGCCCUCCUACAAGCUCCUUCCUAUGGAGAUUUAUCCAACAAACGGACUGGAUAAGGAAAAGGUCGAUUGGAAGGCUCUAUUGAUGGAAUACUUUCCAGAGCAAAACCUACCUUCACAUGGCUCUGCACGUCUACCGCAAAAUGAAACGCUGCUCGUCUUGGCCAACCCACCCCAGGCACUUUCCCAAAAAGACCAUAUGACACCAGGGCGUUGGUGGAUCAAGUUCUUGGAAACAUGUCUGCAGAAGCAUGAAUUACACAGCUACGGGUCUGUCCGCAUCAUAGCACAACUUCCUCACGCUGAGAUUUCGACUAUUCUCCCGCGGGCAAUCGCGGAGCGUAAGCGCGCUGGAUUGCUGACUGAGAUUUCGGCCUUGCACUGUGUCGAGCUCGCAAGUCCGGAUCUACCUGAGAUACAAUUUAGUUGGCGAGACUACGACGAAACCCUCGAAAAUAGAGACUGCGUCGCCGAAAGAGCCGCGACGAAAGGCGUUGUCACGCCACCAGAUCGACAAUUACCUCCCCUGGAAUGUGUUCCACUAAUCCCUCAGAUUACGGCCACUGGUCGUACCGCAAAGAGAACAAAUAUCCAUCCCUACACGCCCAGACGACUUCUUGGCCCACACAAGGCUCUCCUGGAUGAUAUCAGAAAAGCAGAUCUGGGUUCCAGAGAGAAGGCGGAUAAGAGGAAAGAGUUAGCGAAAGCACGAAGCACGGCUAUCGGCAAAUUGGAGAGAGAAAACACACAGUCUUAUUAUAGGAAGAGAUUCGCUGAUCGCCAGCUUGAAAUUGACGAACUUACGCGAAAGUUCGCUCGCGCAGCAGCAGAUGUCAAUGAAACCCCCGAGAGAUUGAAAGGCUUGGAAAAUGAUGUUGUGCAUCUGCAAUCCAUCCAAACCGCUGAAAUCUCCGAAAUCCACUUCCUGAAAAAGAGGUUUCAUGACAAAGUGAUCGAUGACGCCCGCAGCGUCGCUCUAUCCAACAAUUUCGACAAUUCUAUAUUGCUUUGGGAGCGACGGCCAUUUGAGCCCCUUUAUACCCCCUAUCAAGAUGUUUAUCCUCAUGAUUACCCGCGUGGCAUGGUCUACUUUGAAGCACAGCGUAAUCCCGCCGUGCUGCAGAAGAUAGACGAGAUGCCCAACUUGGAUGUCACUGAAUUUCUCGCCCGCUUCCAGGCCAUAAGUGCUCCUUUACACCCCACGGUCGGUAUGUCGGUCAGUGACCUGCUUGCCAUCCUUCUCCCAGGGCGGAGCAUCAAUGAACUUGUGCAGCUCAUUCCGAGCCUCACAGCCUUUGCCGACCGGCGACUGAAGCCUGGCCAUGGGCCUAUGGCCUUACCAGAUGCUUCUGCGGACCCGGCGUUUAGCUACCAGCCCAACUUGAACUAUGACUUGAGUGGGGUCCGGGCACGAUUACUUUCCGCCGAGACACUGCUUGAAAUUAUAGUCGAGUUCCAAAAGACCUCACCUGGGACAACCCUAUUGCAGUUCAACCGCAUGUUGGGCGGAACGCUGACCUCAUUCCAAGCCGGACAAGAUAACAUUAAACUGCACUAG